CCGAUGAGCCGUCAGGUUUUUGUCAAAAACGCAACACCAUCAUCAGAUCUAUCGGGACCAGAAAUUGGAAAGCACGUACAGUUUUUCGGGAAAGUCUGUAGGUAUUUCGGAUUUGUUUUACCAGCCGCUCGGAUCCAGUUUCCAGUGGAUGGUACUGUUCGGACCCGGGUCCAUCGUGUUAUCCGGUUCCGGUUUGUAAAUUCGCUGAUGGUUUUUCUACUCGUCCGCGAUACGGAAGCAAAGGUGAAAAUUUGAAGUGAUUUUUUUUUCGAUACGGAAAAUCUUCCCUGGGGGGAAAGUGUUUACUGUUUUGAAACGGGAAGGGAAGGUUCCGAAAUUUUGCCGUGACCAGAAGCUUGCAGUUGCACCAAACUGCAAUAUUUAUCCAGUGGAUUCUGAAAAUCAAAUAGGGAGAUCCAUUUUUUUUUUUGCUUUAUCUGGAUGAGUGUUGUUUGCAAUGUUGUUUUGCACUUACGUGUCAAGUUUGUGGUUGAAGCAAAUAUCAGUGGAAUAAUGUAGGUCUUAGAAGUAUUCUCUUCGUUGAUUUGUUCUGCAAAAAGUGGAACCAGAAGCUUUCCGAAUCGGUGCAAAACCACGGAAACUCGUCGUGAGUCCGUAUCCCUGCCCUUCUCGAGAGAGCUGUGGUCAGAUCUUACAUAAAAGAGGAAUACGAUUGUGGUCAUAGACAGGCGUAGAAAAAAAAAAACAAGAAAACCCCCCCAAAGUGAUACAAAAUUUUGUUUCGGGAUACAGCGGUGAAAAGUAUACUUACUACAGACCCAAAUCGGAUUACACUGCUCCAGGAUGGCCUUCGUCAGCGGAACGACAGACAACGAGGCGGCGCAAAAGUUUCUGGAGGUGCUGCAGAACGACUUUCGCAAUCUGUCGCUCGAAACGAAGAAAAAAUAUCCACAGAUCAAGGAGUCAUGCGAAGAGGCAAUUUUGAAGCUGAAAACAGCAGCCGCAAAUCCCCAAACGCCGGUGUAUUAUGUGGUCAACCAGAUUCUGUACCCCCUGGUGCAGGGAUGCGAAUCGAAAGAUGUGAAAAUUAUCAAAUUUUGCCUCGGCAUGAUUCAGCGGUUGAUUACCCAGCAGGUGGUGGACCAGAAAGGCGCUCGUUACAUCACCGACACCCUCUGGAUGCUGAUGGAGAAUGGAACCGAGGAAGUGAAAGUGCUCCAGAGUGUCACGUUGCUGCUCACGACGAAUACGGUCGUCCACGGGGAAACGCUGGCCAAAACGUUGGUCCUAUGUUUCCGGUUACACUUUACCAAGGAUUCGACCACAAUCAACACGGCCGGGGCCACUGUGCGGCAGCUGGUUUCGCUCGUAUUCGAACGGGUUGUGGCCGAAGAAACGGAAGCCGAAGCCAAUCAGGACGAGAAGCGAGAAGUUAAUUUGGAAGAACUCAAACUUGCAACCGGAGUAGCCCCCAAGGGCUUGAGGCCUUGUGCUGCCGAUGCCUAUUUGCUGUUCCAAGAUUUGGUCCAGCUGGUCAAUGCAGAUCAACCUUACUGGCUGCUGGGGAUGACCGAAAUGACCCGCACAUUUGGCCUAGAACUGCUCGAGUCAGUUCUCACUCAGUAUACGUCGGUGUUUUACAAGAACCCCGAGUUCUCGUUCCUCCUGAAGGAGCGUGUCUGUGCCCUAGUCAUUAAGUUGUUCUCACCUAACAUAAAGUAUCGAACGAUGGCCCCUCAGAAUGCACAAUCGACGGCACCGCACGACAAACCGUACUUUCCCAUCAGCAUGCGGCUGCUCAGGGUUGUCGCCAUUCUGAUACAAAAGUACCACAGCUUGCUGGUGACGGAAUGUGAAAUAUUCCUUUCCUUAAUUGUGAAAUUUUUGGACCCGGACAAACCCGCCUGGCAGCGCUCGUUGGCACUGGAGGUGCUCCACAAAAUGACCAUUCAACCGGAGCUACUGAUUUCGUUCUGCCGAUGUUACGACCUGAAGGACCAUGCCACCAACAUCUUUCAGGACAUCAUCAACUCGCUCGGCACGUACGUACAAAGUUUGUUCGUUAGUAGUCAACUGUUGGCCAGUUCGGUGGCGGGUACACCCGGACAACCGGCGGCACUCAUUGGUGGACUUCCGGUGGGACCGGGAAUUUCGCCACAACCAGGUUUCGUAUUUCGUGGAAUGUUUCUGCCACUGGUGGUAACUUUCCCGAGUGGUCAAUCGAAGGCCACCUUCCUCGAGAUGUUGGACAAAAUGGAACCUCCCCCCAUACCGGAUGGAUACGGAAUAUCGGUAGCCUACGCGUGCCUUCUAGACAUCGUUCGCUCGAUAUCGCUCUCCAUACAGGGUCCAUCCCAGAUUGUCGAUGAGAGCCCUAUCCCGUACAAGAACCGAGUAACGGAGGAUGAUAAAGCUCUGCACAUACAGUUAAUCUACUCAAGUUGGUUGGGACUCUUGUCGGCUUUGGGUCCAUUGAUUGAUGCAGCUACGGAUGAGUCGUCAGCGGAAAGUGUUUUGAAAUCCAUCCAAAAUUACGCUGCACUUUGUGGACUGCUGGAAUUACAUACCCCCAGAGAUGCUUUCAUAACAGCUCUCUGCAGGGCAUCGCUUCCCCCUCACUAUGCCUUAUCAGUGUUGAAUGUCAACUACCAAGGUAACCAAUUUAAGUCGCACUCUCGUGGAGGCAGCCAGGAUAUGGGGAACAUGUUUCUCGGUUCUUACGGGGACGCUGAUCAACAGCAACAACAACGCCAUCCGGUAGUAGCUGUUGGAACUCCUCUGCCGACUUCAUCGCUUCCAGUUGGUGCUCACCAAGGGCCAGUUUUGUUAACUGCUAAAAAUCUCCAGUGUAUGAGAUCAGUGCUACAUCUAGCUCACUGUCAUGGAGGUAUUCUGGGAAGCUCCUGGCACAUUGUGCUCACCACGCUACAACAUUUGGCUUGGAUUCUUGGCUUGAAGCCGUCUACUGGGGGUAGUCUACAAGCGGUCCAAAAACCUCCAACCGAUGCCAACUCGAUCACUCAAGUUAUGACCGAUUUGCCAGUACUAUCUACGAUGUUAAGCCAACUUUUUGAAUCCAGUCAGUAUUUGGACGAUGUAGCACUUCAUCAUCUCAUCGACGCGUUGUGUAAAUUGUCUCACGAAGCCAUGGAACUUGCGUACAACAACAGAGAGCCCUCGCUGUUCGCCGUUGCCAAACUGCUAGAAACCGGACUGGUUAAUCUGAAUCGUAUAGAAGUCCUAUGGCGUCCCCUGACGAAUCAUCUUCUGGAAAUCUGUCAACAUCCACACAUUCGCAUGCGAGAAUGGGGCGUUGAGGCAAUCACCUAUCUGGUCAAAGCCGCCCUCCAGUAUAAGUACGAAAAACCUCUCAAAGAAAAUCUUAAACUACAAACGCUCCUACUAGGACCUCUAUCGGAACUGUCCUCGGUUCCCCAUGGGGAUGUCCGUCAGCGGCAGCUGGAAUGCGUAUUGCAAGUCCUCAACGGAGCAGGAGAAACGCUGUCUCACGGAUGGCCUCUGGUGCUCGGCAUCAUUGGUGCCGUCAACGAUCAUCAUGGGGAGGCCCUGAUCCGGAUUGCUUUCCAAUGCCUGCAGCUGGUGGUAACGGAUUUUCUACCGGUCAUGCCUUGGCGCUGUCUACCGCUGUGUGUCAACACGGCAGCUAAAUUUGGAUCCCAAACGCAGGAAUUGAACAUCUCGUUAACUGCCGUUGGGUUGAUGUGGAACAUCUCGGAUUACUUCAACCAAAAUCAGGAGAAGCUUUCGCAAACGGUGUGCGACGACAUGUCGGUGCUGCCGGACUUCCCGGGAACCCUCAAUAUGCCGCACUUUGAUCGGCUUUGGAUGUGUUUGUACGCUCGGCUCGGGGAUCUGUGCGUGGAUCCGAGACCGGCGGUUCGCAAAUCGGCUGGGCAAACGUUGUUCUCGACGAUCUCGGCCCACGGGAAUUUGCUGAAUCCGCCUACCUGGCAGGCUGUCCUGUGGCAGGUACUGUUCCCGUUGCUGGACAAGGUUCGGGCACUGUCUAGCUGUGCCAGUAGUGAGAAGGUCGAUACCAGCGGCAAUAUUUUGAUUCAUCACUCGCGCAAUACCGCACAAAAGCAGUGGGCGGAGACGCAGGUUCUGACCCUAUCCGGAGUUUCGCGGGUAUUCAACACCAAGCGAGCGCUGCUUCAAAUGUUGGGUGACUUCCCUCGAGCGUGGGCUCUGCUGCUAGAAUUCAUCGAAAACUCAGCCCUUAGCAAGAGCAACGAGGUGUCGCUGGCUGCGCUCAAGUCGUUCCAGGAAAUUUUGUACAACCGGCCCCAAACUGCUCCGGUGGAUGAUUCGGAAAAGGCAGCCGCAGCAGCAGCGAGCGAAGAAAUCGACAUCUGGAACGUAGCCUGGCGGGUCUGGUUGAACAUCGGUGCCGAAAGUACCAAACCACCCUCGCUGCGAGAUGGACCGGACAAGGAGGAGAUUUACAUUCCCAGUCAGGCCUUCCUGACAGCGUUAGUGCAAAUUUUCCCGGCCCUGUUCCAGCACAUUCGUACCCGGUUUAGCAAGAAGGAUCUGACCCAGCUGUGUACGGUGCUGAUGAAUGCGGUGGCCGUCCCAGUACACAGCGAUUCAACGCCGUACAUUAUGUCCACCAUUUCGGAUUCUCUGCUGACACCUCUGCAUGACGGUGUCCUCGAUUGUAUGGAGCUUCUUCAGAAAGAAGCUAUCGGUGGGGGCAAGGAUGGUGGAAGCAAUUUAAAGCAAAUGAUUUCGGCCAUAUUUAAGCAGUUGCUGAGCUUCAGCAAGUUUGCAUGCGUACCACCAUCUUUCGAUCGAAUUGAAACGAGGCCAAUCAAAUCGACACGCUCGGGAAGCGGGGGCAACAUUGUUCAGCCGCAUCAACUGAAUGCGGCUAACGCAAGCAACGGUGUAGAGUGGGUCAGCAUGAACUAUAUUCCCUUCGGUGAGAAAGCCCUUACGGUGGCAGUGAAAUUGUACCAACAAACCGCCAGUGAAGAAACCGUCAUCGAGGGUCAAAUUUUGCACGAGAUCAUUAAAGCGCUACAUUUGCCGCUUUCCCUCAAGUACAAAUGCAUGUCGGCAAGCACCUGGAAAUUGGCCAUAUCUAGCCUGAUGACUGUUCUGCAUACCGGUCUGCCGGUGGCCAGAAAAUACCCAAAGCAAUUCAGUGCAAUGUGGAAAGAUCUCUCGGAUACGUUGGAUCAGUUUCUGUUUCCUAAAAGUGUCUGUGUGGUGGAAGACCGAGGGCUGGAUGAAUUGGUCCUGGACGAAACCAUCGAUUGUCAAGUGAUCGAGCUGAUCAGGGACGAAAUACUUCCAUACAGUCACGAGAUCCCGCAGCAAUUCAUCCUGGAUGCUGUAGUGCUUCUCAACAAGGGGUCCAUCCAUUCGGCAACCACCGGAAGUACUCCGUUUGCCGGGUGCGAGACGGAACUGAAACUGCGAGAAGAGUUCGCCAAAACGUGCUUCGAAACGUUGCUUCAGUUUUCGCUUUUGGAUGACGGUAUGAAUGGCGCAGCGUCAACUGCGGGACUGAUCGAUAGUAUCGGUGCCAGCAACAAGGCGAACAAUAACCUGAACAAUGGAAGUGGGGUUUCUGCCACUGAUGGAACACCGGGAUCGAUGGACUCCCUAACGAACGAGGGUGGCAUCGCAGGACGAUUGGCCAUCACUGCAUUGCUGCAUCGCUUCGAGGAAGUUUUGCGGAAGUUCAACGACGACGAGCGACUAAGCGGGAAAUUUCCUCUACCAAGAUACCGUUUGUCGGAGAUCUCCUUCGUACUGAAAGCCGUCGCGACACUUGUGAUAUCGAUGAAAAAAGCUCCUCCAGCCAAAGUGGGCACCACCGCCUGGGAACAACUGAUCGGGCUGUAUCCGUACCUGGUCGAGUGUACGACAACGUCAUCGGCCGAAGUUUCUCGCUCGUUGCGUGAAGCCCUGCUUCAGUACUGUGAUCUUCUUCGACCGCCCCAGUCUGCCGUCGCGGAUCAACAGCACCGGCUGCAAAACAACAACGAACUGGCGACCAAUGGCAUAAGCCACUGUUAGCUGGUUUCCUUGCCGGCCCGAAGCUGCUACUUUCUGUUGCUAUUCGAUUCCGGUCUGCUGGUGAAGAUUGUUUUUUAGUCUGAUGAUUUUCGAGGGUAGCAGGUUGUAGGACCGUUUUCCUGUAUAAGUAUAUACUUCUGAGUAUUGUUCCCUAUUUUCUGUUCUCCGCUUUUAUUCCCUCACGGCUGAUAAAUUCCUGUUAUAAAAAAUACAUUGAUUUGUAUGAAAAGUGAAGAUUAUUUAUAUUUCUAUUUUUAGAACAACCCUAAACAUAUUGAGUAUUCUUCAUUAUGGAAACGUGUAGCUUUAGAAAUCCGUUACUAUAUUUACUUUUCUAGUAUGUAGUUUAGAACGACGAGUGUGAAACUUGGUCUUAUAGUCAAUGUUAAGAAAGAUGACAAAAUUGUGAUUGCAUCCUCUCAUUUUCUCAAAGCAAAGGUAAAAACAAUUGAAAGUGAUAAAGAAAUACGGACAUCUAAAAAAUAAACAACGCAACUGCAAGCUUUACGCUUUUUAUCCUAACUCAUUUCUUAUAAAUCCACAAUUCACGUUAGCGUUCAGCUUAGGAUCCAACUAUUCCAAAAUCUACAAUUUCUCAAUUUUCACUAACAGUUCUUCUGCCAACAGAAACCUUCAAAAUUAACAAUAACCAGUUUAAGAUAUGUAGUGUUUUGCAGCAUUAUUUGUUGCUCUAGACAAAAAAGUAAAAUAAUCCACUAAUUAGCAGUAAUAGUGCCAAUUCCAGAACUUUAGAAAUUCGCUCUCGUAGAAUAGAGAUUAAACCUAACAAAGAUAAUUGUGGGCUAGAAGCCCCUUUUUGUUUUUUCCCCGGUUUGUCAGUUUAGUAUAAAUUAUUCAGUAAUCCUAAAAUUUGGUAAAAAUAUUUCCAAGCAAAUUAAUUUUCUAGCAAUCAUUACAAAAACCGUCACAAACUUUAGCCUAUGGUUGUGUUAAUAACUGAAGCAAAAACAUAAAUCUUGUAGCCUACAAAUGAUAAACAAAAAAAACACAAUAUUUAUACACUACGAACUACCUAACAGCAACAGGCUCGGUUCUUAGGGCAUCAUUUUAAAAGUCUAGCCGCAAACCCGACCCGAAAUCUGUAUUUUAAAACCGAUGGCGACUAUCGGAAUUUUUUAAAACCAUAAGAAACCGUGCAAUAAACAGCAUGUCUGUCGGUAUUAUUUUCACUUUUUUAACGUUAAAAAUUGUGCUUCUUUGGAAGAAAUAAAAAGGCACAUUAUUCAAUGUCGAACGUGUGAAAGUGAUAUAACGACAUCUUGCAACUGAGUAAAGAUUACAAAAAACCUUCACCUUGCACAAUACAGUUAGUAAGUCGUCAACAGUCGCAUCUAUUAGUAGGAGUGACACAAAAUCAACACAUCUCUUAACAUAGAAAACUUGAAGGACGGCAUAUCCUAGAAGCAGGAUCGAUAACCAACUACAAAUAGAUAACUGGUACGGCAAAUGUGUGAGCACAUAUGGAAAUUAUUUGAACUCAACAACAGAAUACAAUAAGAGGAAUCGAAUUUAUAUUGCGCAGUGCUAAAAUAUUUGGGAAAUAUAAAACAAACUUACAUUGAACAUUUAAAUAAAGUGGUUCGACAUACUGUAAAAAUUGAA